UUUUUAUCCCUAAAGUAAUCGCUUUUUAGCCUGGAAAACAGCAAGAAGGUCCUCAUUCCGCUGCUAAAUUGCACAGAUCUAUGUCCUCGCACCGCCGUACCGUCCUCUCCGGAGUUAAAAAUCGCUCCUUUGAAGUGGGUUCUCAAGAUUGUCCCCGCGGGAUGAGAUCCCACUGAAGAAGCAGCUAAAUUUCUUCAAGGGGUUUCGCGAACGGGAUGUUUCGGCCUUUGCUUUUCACUGGGUGAGUGGGAAGACUUGUCGGACGUGAUUUAUUAUCGUGGCAAUGCCCUCUCGAGAUCUGAAGAGAAAGACCCAACUCGUGUAAUCUUUGUUUGGUCGUUCUGUCUUAGCAAGGCGAUGCGAAUCUGGUGAAAGCCGGGGCUUUUGAACUGAUUCGGUGAGGUGGGUAUUGCGGGUUUUUGUGGAAGCGAGAGAUGAUUCAGCUUCUGUUCUUCGUUCUGUUUGUGGAGGCGGUUCUGUUGUUCUUGAUGUUGGUGAAGAUUGGGCCGCUGAGAGAGCUUGUGAUGAAGAGCCUGGAGCAGUUGAAAAUGGGUAAAGGUCCUGCCACCGUGAAGACAAUAGCUGGUACGAUGUCUGUGAUAUUGUUGUCGAGCCUCAUGAGCAUUGUCAAAAUCCAGAACAAAGGGGCGAAGCUCGGCACCAUGUCUCCCAUGGAUCAGGUCCUGUGGAGGACCCAUUUGCUCGAGGCCUCACUCAUGGGGUUUACCCUGUUUCUUGGGUUUGUCAUCGAUCGUGUCCAUCAUUACCUCCAAAAGUUAAUUAGGUUGAGGAGUAAAGAGGGCGUGUCCAAAGAGGAGGUUGAAAGUCUUCGCAAAGAACAAUCAGAGCUUAAAGAAAAGGAAGGGAAAAGUCUGAAGGAAAUAAAGCAACUGCAAAAAGAAAUCUCCAAUAUGUCAGAGAUUUUGAAAAAACUGAAACUCGAAUGUGAAGAGAAGGACAAGAAGGUCGAAACUGCUGAAGCACACGUUGCCUCCCUCCAGAAGCAGUCUGCAGACUUGCUCCUAGAGUAUGACCGCCUAUUAGAAGACAACCAAAAUCUUCAGAGUCAAGCUCUAGGACAGAGGAUGUGAGUAGUAUUGGGAUUCACAAAUUUUGGGGAUCAUUUUUGGUAGUUCGGACGCGAUCAUACCUCUUAUUACUUCACGAGAAGACUAAUUGCUUGGAGGGAAUUGCAUUGGAAGCAAAGGGGAUUGAGUGUGAGCUGUCUUGCCCCCCUUAGGUGAAUGAAAUUUUGUUACUGAUUGGUGAGUCUCUGUUGUUUUUACCUGUUGUCUGAUUCUGCUGCUUGUAUCUAUCUUUGUCGUUCACCUUGGUUUUUCCACAUCAAAUCUAGGCUGUCAGUUGAAAGAACCACAUUGUCUUUCCUUUAAUAUCUUCUAUUUACCAAACAGAAUUUGCAAAA